AUGGCUGACUUGGCCAGCACUGACGGCGAGCUGAAGACUGAGACGAUUUGCAUGCAAAAAACCACAGCCUUUGCUCUUAUCGUGGUUUUGACGAUGGAAACUCUGAGUUUUCAUUUUGAAAGUGAACUCAUUAUGACGGUUUCUAGAGUCAUUGUGGAUUUAGCGUUUACAUGCCCAUUCCUCCUCCAUAUGAUCCUCGUAGAUUUUUUAACGAGAAAGUUCUCUGCACUCAACAAAAUACUUGAAAAGAUAAGCACUGUUGUGGAUACCAUGCCUUUACAGAGUACCAUUGCUUGGAUCAACUCUGUGUUCCGCUUACAUACCCAUUUGCACAUCGUUGUGUGGAAAGUCAACUCUUAUUUCUGCUUCUACAACUUGCUAAGUGUCAUUACUAGGAUUGUAUUAACACUUUUCAAUGCGUACAAGUACUUAGAGGAAAUUUCCAAAGGCAAUCCAUUGUCAAAGACCAAGAUGCCGGUUAUCAUGAUGUUUGAACUGGGUUUGUUCGUCACCCAGUGUUUGCUCUGCCACUCUUGCACCAAGGAAGCCAACCAGACUGUGAUGAUUGCCCACCACCUACUGAAGCCUGACAGUCCUGUCCAGAUCUGGGAAGACGUCGGUCUCUUCUCCCGCCUUGCUCUCAAUAACAAGGUCCACUUCUCUGUCGGAGGCGUCUUCUUCCUGGACCGUCCUUUCAUCACGAAGGUGGCCUUGGUGGCUUUGUCCUAUCUCAUCAUUGUUGUGCAGCUCAAGGAUGUCCGAUCCUCUAGCAAUGUUGGAUCAGAUCUCAAAGGCACUGGAGGUGGUGGUAACUCAAUCUAUGAAAACUUCACCACCUCUUUUGCAUAA